AUGCGGCGGGCCGGGGUCGAACCUGCCUUACCUGCCGCGGCGGCUGCCGAGCUGGGGCGGCGGCGGCGCUUUGCUGCCACCUGGCGGCCGAGCUCUGGGCGAGGCGCCGCGGUCACAUCGCCGCCCGCCGAGCUAGGGGACGGGGGUCGGGGGCCGCCCGACGGGGAGGCGCCCAGCAUGGCCGGAAUGGACGGGCGUUCGCGCACGGGUUCAGAGCGGACCUGA